AAUAUAUUUAAUUAAAUUUUAAAAUAAUAAUCAUAAAUACAGGUUGAUUUUGAUUAAUUUUAAAUGUCUGGAAACAAUGAUGAUGCAUUUCAUCGAACUGGAUCAUUUCGUCGUGUCUUACCACCAGGAAAUGAUACAACUGGUAUAAGUGGUAUAGCAGUAAAAUCUACAAAUACCAAUAACUCCUAUAUUAAUGCAAAUUAUAUUCCUUUUUUCCUGGAGUAUACCCUCAUGUCUGAAUUUAAUAUUUUGAGCAAAAAAUUAAUACCAGGAGUAUAUGUUAUACCAGCCGAUAAAACUCCAUUCAUAUGGUUUGGAGUGAUUUUCCCAAGGUAUGGGCUUUAUAAAAAUGGAGUUUUCCGUUUUCGAUUACUUAUAGAUAGUAAUUGGCCAAACUGUGAUUGUCCCAAAGUAAUAUUUGAGACACCACUAUUUCAUCCAUUGGUCAAUCCAAUCACUGGAGAAAUGAAUAUUCAAUAUCAUUUCCCAGAGUGGAAAAAAGGAGUUAGUCGUAUUUGGCAUGUAAUAAAUCAUGUAUCAAAAUCAUUUUAUGAUAUACCCAGAACUAAAACUCCUGAAAAUUCAGAAGCUGCAGAAUUAUUGAAAACAGAUAAUGAAAAUUAUAUGAAAAAAUGUGAAGACUGUGUCAGGCAAAGUCAAAUUGAUAUAUAUAAGCAACCAAUGCAUUCAGAAAAUAUCGAUCCAAAUUAUUUGCUAUUUGAUGUUUAUGACGAAGAAAUUCAUGGAGCUAUAAGACGUUCAUGGCUUCAACAAAAAGAAAAUGACAACAAGACUCAACAUUUAUCUUGGGUACAACCUGGAUCAUUAGAACCAUUUUCUCGGCCAAAUACCUAAAAAAUUAAAUAUUUAUUAAAUUGUACAAUAUACUGUUUAUUAAUAUUUUAAUUAAAUAAGGUAUAUAAAAAAUUUAAAAAUUAUUUUUAACUUAA